AUGUUAUUUCGUACUGUACAAAUUCUUUGUUUGUGUAAUCGUUUUCCCACAAGGGGUAAUGAAAAGAAUUUUAGAAUGGAUUGA